CUAAACUUUGCUGCUGGUUGAAGAAGUUGCUCUUGUAGCCAUCAGCCUGCAGGCGAGAUAGUCAGUCAGUCGCUCGAGCGGGCCAUCUUGUGAACAUCCACUCUGGGUAAAACCUUCUCCGGUCAGCAUGGAGGAUUCAUCAGAUCAGUCCCACUGGGUGUCUCCCACUCUGCUCAGCUCUGACCCCCUUGCUGGUUUCUCCUCUGAUCCGGGCCUGUUGACUUCUGGGGAAGAAGGAGAGGCCUUUUUCACUGGUACCGACACCGACUACGCUGGACUGUCCUCUUUCUUCCCCAACCCGAGCCACAGCCGAGCACCAUCCAGCUACAGACACAGCUCUGUCCGGCAGGUGUACACCUCCCCAGGUCUCCUCAGUAAUCUCCAGCUCCUGGAUGGGCCCUCCAGCCACCCCCUGAGCUCACCCUACAGCUCGGCAGCUUCCGCCUGGAGCAGCGGCCCCCUCACCAAGACGUCGCUGCACUCGCACACUCCGGCCUCCCUCUACACCCCCGGGGCCUCCUCCUCCUUCGCCACCUCCAGAGACGAGUACUCGUCCCCUGGAAGAGAGGGUAGAGAGAGCCCCCGUCUUCAGGAGGCCCUCAAAGUGGAGCGUCUGAGUCCCCUGGGUGGUUCAGGGGCCGGCAGCAACUUUCUAAACCUGACCCCCGCGGCCGGAAGCAUGUACACUCCGUCAUCACACGCGCACAUGCUGAGCCCCUACAGCUCGUACAUGAGCGGGCCGCAGGAGUACAGCUCAGCAGCCCUCUACUCCAGCGCCGGCGCGUGGAUCAGCCCCUCCUACUCCCCCAAACUCCGCAACAAGAUGAGGCCGACCACUCCAGAGGCCAGAGAGUGUGUAAACUGCGGAGCCACUGCCACGCCUCUGUGGCGCCGAGACGGCACGGGCCACUACCUGUGCAACGCCUGCGGGCUGUACCACAAGAUGAACGGCCAGAACCGACCUUUGAUCCGACCCAAGAAGAGACUGAUCGUGAGUAAGCGUGCGGGUACCCUCUGCGCCAACUGUCACACCAGCACGACGACGCUGUGGAGGCGCAACGCCAACGGGGAGCCCGUGUGUAACGCCUGCGGACUCUACUUCAAGCUGCACAACGUCAACCGCCCGCUCACCAUGAAGAAGGAAGGCAUCCAGACUCGCAACAGAAAAGUCUCCAACAAGAACAAGAAGAACAAGAAGGCGGCCCUGCUGGAACCGUACUCGGACAUGGCCCAGCCGUCGGCCCUGGACGACAACGGCGGGCACUACUCCCUCGGCCACGGGACUCUCCUCACCUACAGCCACACGCCGCACCUCAUCCCCACCCCGACGCCCCUGCACCCCUCGGGCAGCUUGCCCUACCCGCACCACCUCAACUCCGGCAUGGUGCCCACUCUAGUGUGACUCGGCUGCAGCUAGCUUGCUUCUCUUGCUUGUCACUCGCGUGGAUUUUGUACAUAAAGGAUGUCCUAUGAAUGAAGAUUUUUUUUUUUUCAUGUUCACUGUAUUUAUCACAUUUUGUUGAUAUAUUGUUUCGCGUGAGCUCAGAUAAAAAUCACUCCGAUGAGGUUGCUGCGCGUGUAAACCCGCUGAUAAGAGAUUCGUUCCGUUGUAAACACAAACAAGCAUCUGGUUUGGUGCCGGUAUCCGCCUUCGGGAUUGUCUGCUUUCUCUCGUAAUGUAAGGUUACACAUUAGUCUUAAUGUUCAUGGGUCUCUGUUAUGUAUUUGCAUAGACGAUACGGCCGCACUGAAAGCACAGAGAGAAGAAUAAAAUGUUUGACUUAU